AUGAGCGAAUACGUACCCUUACUUGUAUAUCUUGUAAUCAGCAUGGUUUUAUCUAUGCUUAUUUUAAGUUUAUCUUUUGUAUUUUCUACACAAAAAGCUGACCCCGAAAAAGUGUCUGCAUAUGAAUGUGGGUUUGAUCCAUUUGAUGAUGCUAGAGCACGUUUUGAUAUUCGGUUUUAUUUAGUUGCUAUUCUAUUUAUCAUUUUUGAUUUAGAAGUAACUUUCUUAUUUCCAUGGGCUAUAUCUUUACAUACAAUUCAGUUAACUGGAUUUUGGACGAUGGUUGUUUUUUUACUUAUUCUUACAAUCGGUUUUGUAUAUGAAUGGCGUAAAGGUGCUCUUGAAUGGGAAUAA